AGAAUUCCUUAAAAGUGAUUGAAGAAAAAAAUCCAACAUGCCUGAAAAUCCUGCUGCAGAUAAACUGCAGGUUCUGCAGGUCCUGGAGCGCCUGCAAACAAGGCUGCAGGAGAAGGGUGACACAUCACAGAAUGAGAAGCUGGCUCUGUUUUAUGACACACUGAGGAGUCCUCUUUUUAACCAGAUACUCACACUCCAGCAGUCCAUCAAGCAGCUGAAGGGACAACUCAGCCAUAUUCCACCAGAUUGUUCAGCCAAUUUUGAUUUUUCUCGGAAAGGCCUAUUAGUGUUCACGGAUGGUUCCAUUACGAAUGGGAAUGCCCACAGGCCCCAUAAUAACUUAACUGUUUCUGGGUUAUUUCCUUGGGCCCCAAACUCGGGAAAUGAAGACUUUAACUCAAUCAUUCAACAGAUGGCUCAGGGCCGGCAAAUUGAAUAUAUAGACAUAGAACGCCCUUCAACUGGAGGCUUGGGUUUCAGCGUGGUGGCUCUAAGAAGCCAAAGUCUGGGAGAAGUGGAGAUCUUUGUGAAGGAAGUACAUCCAGGGAGUAUAGCUGACAGAGGAGCUGAAGGAUGGGUUUCUUGGGGCCAUAUGGAAGAUGUGGAGCUCAUUAAUGAUGGUUCUGGAUUAGGUUUUGGGAUUGUAGGAGGAAAGACAAGUGGUGUGAUUGUGAGGACCAUCGUUCCCGGAGGAUUAGCGGAUCGAGAUGGAAGACUACAGACAGGGGACCACAUCUUGAAGAUCGGAGGCACAAAUGUUCAGGGAAUGAGCAGUGAGCAAGUUGCGCAAGUGUUGAGGAACUGUGGGAAUUCAGUCAGGAUGCUUGUGGCUAGAGACCCAGUUGGCCAAAUUUUGGUAACACCUCCUACCCCUACAUCAUUACCGGUUGCCCAGCCUGCUGCAGCCAACAACUCUGCUUCUGAAAAUUCUCCUCUUUUUGAAACUUACAACGUUGAACUCAUUAAAAAAGAUGGACAGAGUCUUGGGAUUAGAAUUGUUGGCUAUGUUGGAACAUCUCAUACAGGGGAGGCUUCAGGGAUUUAUGUGAAAAGUGUCAUACCAGGCAGUGCGGCGUACUACAAUGGCCAGAUCCAAGUGAAUGACAAAAUAGUUGCUGUGGACGGUGUGAAUAUUCAGGGAUUUGCCAAUCAGGAUGUGGUAGAAGUAUUACGAAAUGCAGGGCAGGUGGUACACUUGACCCUCGUGCGCAAGAAAACAUCCCCAGCCCAGUCUUCCUCUGAAUGGCCUUCUGACACAGGAACUGUUGUAGAACCACCCAAAACACCAGUCCUCUGUCUGCCUGAUGCUGUGGACACAGAAACGAACUUGGAUGAAGAUGAGGACAAUGGAGAAAGCAUGUAUAAGGACAACAUACAAGCCUUAGACAAACUGGAAAGAGUCCCAGGCUCUCUAGAAAAUGAGCUGAAAUCCAGAUGGGAGAACCUACUGGGUCCUGAUUAUGAAGUAAUGCUCCUGCCCAUCCACACUCUGAGGCUUGGUAUGGAGGUGGAUUCCUUUGAUGGGCACCAUUACAUCUCUUCAAUUGCACCAGGCGGUCCUGUGGAUACACUGAAUCUCCUACAGCCAGAGGAUGAGCUUCUGGAGGUCAACGGCAUGCAGCUUUAUGGAAAGUCUCGCCGAGAAGCCGUCUCUUUCCUUAAAGAAGUGCCCCCCCCUUUCACCCUGGUUUGCUGUCGCCGGCUCUUUGAUGAUGAGGCCUCUGUAGAUGAACCAAGGACAGCGGAGCCCUUGAUUCCCGAGAUGGAGGCUGAUCCAGUCACCGAUGUCAAUGCUGAAGAAGAUGAUGAUGGAGAAUUAGCCCUCUGGUCUCCUGAAGUCAAGAUUGUUGAGCUAGAGAAAGAUCACAAAGGCUUGGGGUUUAGCAUUUUGGAUUAUCAGGAUCCUCUAGACCCCACCAGGUCUGUGAUUGUGAUCCGCUCCCUGGUAGCAGAUGGUGUAGCGGAAAGAAGUGGAGAACUCUUACCUGGUGACCGCCUGGUCUCCGUCAACCAGUUCUGUUUGGACAACACCACGCUUGCUGAUGCAGUAGAAGUGUUGAAGGCAGUACCCCCUGGCACUGUGUACCUUGGCAUCUGCAAGCCUUUGACAGAAGGUGAGAAAGAAGAAAGUUGUUACAUUUUACAUCCAAACAAUAAUGAAGAAGAGGCUGAACUUUCUGGAGGAAUUCAUGAUGUAAAUUCAUCUUUAAUACUUGAAGCCCCUAAGGGUUUUAGAGAUGAACCAUAUUUUAAAGAAGAACUUGUGGAUGAACCAUUUCUAGAUUUGGGAAAGUCUUUCCAGUCCCCACCAACAGAAAUGGAAGCCAGCCAGGAGGCCUGGGAAAUGCAUGAGUUUCUGAGUCCUCACUUGGAGGAGAUGGGUGAGGAGAGGGAGAUGCUGGUGGAUGAGGACUACGAGCUCUAUCAGGACCGCUUGCAGUCCACGGAUGUGUAUCCCUCGUCCCACAGUCGAGACACCACGCCUGUGCCUGCCAGGCAGGAUCUCCAGUUUGGCACUUCGUGGUUACAUGACAGCCUGUCAGGUGAUGAGGGGCCCAGGUCUCCAGAUGCAGGGUCCAUGACUGUAGGCUACUCCUCAGAGGCACAGCAGUAUGGUUACAGCACUGGAGACGGGCUGGAAGCAACGUUUGGCUUUGAUUCUGUCCCAUCCAUGCCCUCCGCUGAAGGAAACAGUCGAUUUGAUGAUCUGGAAAAUCUUAAUUCAUUAGCCCAGUGCAGCCUGGAUUUAGGCAUGGUGAUUCCAAGUGACAUCCAAGGUGCCAGCAUGUGUGGUGACCUUCCUCUUGUGGCUCAGAGAAGGGAGCAGGAUUUGCCUUUAUACCAGCUCCCAAAGACCCGGAUACUUUCAAAGAACUCAGCUUCCACAGGAAUGUCGCCUUCCAGAUACAACACACGUGCCUGUGACUUACCGGAGAGAGAAGAAGGAGAAGGAGAAGAAACACCAAACUUCAGCCACUGGGGUCCACCAAGAAUUGUUGAGAUUUUUAGAGAGCCCAAUGUGUCUCUUGGCAUUAGUAUUGUGGGAGGACAAACGGUCAUAAAACGCCUGAAGAAUGGAGAGGAGCUUAAAGGUAUAUUUAUCAAGCAAGUUUUAGAAGACAGUCCAGCAGGAAAAACCAAUGCACUGAAAACUGGAGAUAAAAUACUUGAGGUGUCUGGGGUGGAUCUGCAGAAUGCCUCCCAUGCAGAAGCAGUGGAGGCCAUUAAGAGUGCUGGAAACCCUGUGGUGUUCGUGGUUCAGAGCCUGUCAGCCACACCGAGGGUCAUUCCUAAUGUGCAUACCAAGACCAGCACAGCCAUCAAUAACCAGGACCAAGACACUCAAGAAACAAAAGAAAAGAGGCAAGGAACGGCCCCACCUCCCAUGAAACUGCCGCCUCCUUACCGAGCUCCGUCCUCGGACAGUGAUGAGAGUGAGGAAGACUCUGCGGUGACCGACAAAAAAAUCAGGCAAAGAUAUGCAGACUUGCCAGGAGAGUUGCACAUUAUCGAACUUGAAAAGGAUAAGAAUGGACUUGGCCUCAGCCUCGCUGGUAAUAAAGACCGAUCUCGCAUGAGCAUCUUUGUGGUAGGAAUUAACCCGGAAGGACCAGCAGCGACAGAUGGACGGAUGCGUGUUGGAGAUGAGCUUUUAGAGAUAAACAAUCAGAUCUUAUAUGGGAGAAGUCAUCAGAAUGCCUCUGCCAUUAUUAAGACUGCCCCAUCCAAGGUCAAGCUGGUUUUCAUCAGAAAUGAAGAUGCUGUCCAUCAGAUGGCUGUUGCGCCCUUCCCGUUGGCUUCCAGCUCCCCAUCCUCUACUGAGGAGCAGAGUGGCCCUGAGCCUGUCAGUAGUGAGGAAGAUGGCGGUCUAGAAGUUGGUAUCAAACCCCUGCCUAGAAGUGAGAGCUCCCCACUGGAGGACCUGUCCCAGGAGGCUGGUGAAGGUGGCAUGGCAGAUCAGGAGGAAGCACUGGAACAUUCUACUAACCAUGUUGCCAGCCCGGUGAAACAGCAAAAGCAUUCAACAAAUGCCUCCAUCAGUUCACAAGAGAUCUCAUUAGCAUCAACUCCACCCAGCAACUCAGCAGAUGCCGAAUUCUCAGGUGGCUUCCAGGCUCCUCUGUCAGUGGACCCUGCCACAUGUCCCAUUGUCCCUGGCCAGGAGAUGAUUAUAGAAAUAUCCAAAGGACGCUCCGGGCUUGGUCUCAGCAUAGUAGGAGGAAAGGACACACCCUUGGAUGCUAUAGUUAUCCAUGAAGUCUAUGAAGAAGGAGCUGCAGCCAGAGAUGGAAGGCUAUGGGCUGGAGACCAGAUAUUAGAGGUGAAUGGGGUUGACCUGCGGUGCUCCAGCCACGAGGAGGCCAUCACUGCCCUGAGACAGACUCCGCAGAAGGUGCAGCUGGUGGUUUUCAGGGAUGAGGCCCACUACCGGGACGAGGAGAACUUGGAUAUCUUCCAUGUGGAUCUGCAGAAGAAGACUGGCCGAGGACUAGGCCUGAGCAUCGUUGGGAAACGGACCGGAAGUGGAGUGUUUAUUUCUGACAUUGUGAAAGGCGGGGCUGCAGACCUGGAUGGGAGGCUGAUUCGGGGAGAUCAGAUCCUGUCGGUGAAUGGGGAGAACAUGAGAAAUGCCUCACAGGAGACGGUGGCCACUGUCCUCAAGUGUGCCCAGGGGCUUGUGCAGCUGGAGAUCGGGAGACUCCGAGCAGGUUCCUGGACCUCCUCAAGGAAGACAUCGCAAAACAGUCAGGGGCAUCCACACAGCACUUGUCGGCCUUCCUUGGCUCCUGUCAUCGCUGGCCUGCAAAGCCUGGUGGGCACUAAAAGAACUUCAGAUCCCUCCCAGAAAACUCCAGGCACAAAUAUGGGCCCAAGGACUGUUGAGAUAAUCAGAGAGCUCAGUGAUGCCCUUGGAAUCAGUAUUGCUGGAGGAAAAGGAAGUCCCUUAGGAGAUAUCCCUAUAUUUAUUGCCAUGAUUCAGGCCAAUGGAGUAGCUGCACGUAGCCAGAGGCUUAAAGUUGGAGAUCGGAUUGUCAGCAUUAACGGGCAGUCUUUGGAUGGACUGUCUCACGCCGAUGUGGUUAAUCUGUUGAAGAAUGCCUACGGGCGCAUUAUCCUACAGGUUGUAGCCGAUACCAACAUAAGUGCCAUAGCCACUCAGCUUGAAAACAUGUCUACAGGCUACCACCUAGGCUCCCCCAGUGCCAACCAUCCGGAAGACACAGAAACACCUCCACCUAAGAUGAUUACUUUGGAGAAAGGCUCUGAAGGAUUGGGGUUUAGUAUUGUAGGGGGUUAUGGAAGUCCGCAUGGAGACCUGCCCAUUUAUGUCAAGACUAUAUUUGCAAAGGGCGCAGCAGCAGAUGAUGGCCGAUUAAAGCGAGGUGAUCAAAUUUUAGCUGUUAAUGGGGAGACCCUAGAAGGUGUUACGCAUGAGCAAGCUGUCUCCAUUCUAAAACACCAGAGAGGGACUGUCACCUUAACUGUGCUGUCCUGAGCACAGGUCCUCAUCAUGGCACAAGGUAGAUGCCAUGGGCAGAAUACCCAUUAGAAGAUGAAACGCCACCACAGUUCAAAUUGACCAUGCUCCUCUCCUCCCUUCCUCUGGACUCAGGGGAGGUGGCUGAGGUUGCCCGUGAAUUUCCCAAAUCAACAACCAUCCACCUGGUUUCCCAACUUCCAGCACUUCUUGGUGAGAUCCACUCCCAAAUCUUGAGUGAGCCUUACUUGAUUUGCACUUCUCAUCCAUGUUCACCAACUAACGUUCAGAACUGUAACUGCAUUUGCUGGGACCGGCGUUAACUGCUCUUAUUCCUUCCACCCCAAGCCUUGUUCACAGAGAGCUUGAAUGGCAAGCUCCCAUGACAUCCGAUGAACAGGAACAAACGUUGAGCAACGUGUCGUUUCAUUCAUGAUUCUUCUUAUGCUAAUUGUCUCCUCAAAUAAGCCAGAAAGCACUAAGAGUGUUGCCACAAUAAGUUACCCAUCUUUUAAGGGAAGGUUACUCUCUUCUGUAUAUGACUUCUAGUGAAAUAAGUCUCAAAUUCAUUUCCCUGGAGAGACCUUCAUCCAUUCAUGAUUUUGAUGAGUCAGUAUGCAGACUAUAAUCUCCAAAAAUUUCUGAAAAGCUCUCUGAUUGUUUAUUGAGCUACAGAAGUUCAUUCUACCAAGAAAAUGCACCUUCUUUUUUGACUGUAACAAUGAGCCUCCAUGUUCUGCAUCUUAACCAUGCUCGUUUAUAUUGCAUCUGAGGAGUUCGUGCUGAGUUAAUGAUAUCUGAUGUGCCCAAGUCAGUUCCGCUUCUCAAGUCUUCCGACAAGGAAAUGCAAGUCCUGACUCCCAUCUGCGGCCAUUCGCCAGAUGAGCCCUGGCUUUGUGCAAAGGAUGGUAACAUGCUUGAUUGCCCCUUUUGUAUCUCUCAGGCAGCAACACAGACCUCAGGAACAACAGAGAAUGAGUUGCUUAGCUGGAAUGCAACUAAGCCUAGGAAUCACCAAUGAAAGUGCUUGGUUUGUAGUUCCCAGUUGUCAGGGAGCUUCCCAUUGGCUGAAGUUUGAUGCAUGCUAAAAAGCAACUGGAGCAGAAACAAAAUACCUUGUUGAUGAUGAGUAUCAGCAGGAAAAGCAGGGAGAUGCUUGUAAACGAAAGAUAUUGUGUCUUCUACUAAAACAGCACCACAAAGGAUAAGUACCUGGGUCACUAAUUGGCAGAAGUCAUCAUUAUUGAACAAGGCUGCAAAUUGUUUAGAGUAAUUGCCAUCAUUCAAUGAGCUCUAAUUUAAAAAUAUUCUUUAAUAAGCAUUGGUUUUAAUUGAGAAUUGUCUCUGAGUAGAUGUAAUCACAAAAGUGCAUUAACUCUUGUUGGAAUAUCUUUUGGCUAUUCCAAAGUCUAGAGUGCGUAAAUUUUGUGUGGAAAAUGUGUGUCAUGAUUGGUAUUGAGUUUUUUAAGAUUACACACAGGUUUUUUUUUUUUAAUUUUUGGAAUUUCUAACACAUCCAAGUUCUGUGGUCUCACCAGGGUCUCAUCCGCCUCAGAAUGCUCUGUGGUCAUUGUAUAUACAGGAACACCUCAGGCAACAAAGAUUAAAUGAAGCCCAAACAAAACUUGGAAAAUGCACCUUAAAACAUGUGUAUGUGUACUACUUUUAACUUGUGAUUCUGCUUAAUUUUGAUGUAAUGGCCAUUGAAAAAUACACAGUUUGAAAUAACA